GCAGCGAAAGGGGCCGCUCCUCGGCCGGUCCCCCCCCGGGCGAUCUCGGGUGGGUGGGUGGGCGCGGCGCGUCCCGCGUGGCCACCAUGACCUGGAGCGCCGCGGCGCGGGGCGCGCACCAGCCCGACAACACCGCCUUCACCCAGCAGCGCCUCCCGGCCUGGCAGCCGCUGCUGUCGGCCGGCAUCACGCUGCCGCUCUUCUUCUGCGCCGGCCUGGCGUUCAUCGGCCUGGGCCUGGGUCUCUACUACUCCUCCAACGGCAUCAAGGAGCUCGAGUACGACUACACGGGCAACCCGGGCACCGGCAACUGCUCGGUGUGCGCCGCCCUCGGGGAGGGCCGCGCGCCGCCGCCCAAGUGUUCGUGCGCCUGGUACUUCUCGCUGCCCGAGCUCUUCCCGGGCCCCGUGUACCUGUACUACGAGCUGUCCAACUUCUACCAGAACAACCGGCGCUACGGGGUGUCCCGCGACGACGCGCAGCUCAGCGGGCUGCAGAGCGCGCUGCGCCACCCGGCCAACGAGUGCGCCCCGUACCAGUUCAGCGCCGCGGGCCUGCCCAUCGCGCCCUGCGGCGCCAUCGCCAACAGCCUCUUCAACGACACCUUCUCGCUCUGGCACCAGCGCCGGCCCGGCGGGCCCUACGAGGAGGUGCAGCUGGAUCGCACCGCCAUCGCCUGGUGGACCGAUUACCACGUCAAGUUCCGUAACCCGCCGCUGGUCAACGGCAGCCUGGCGCUGGCUUUCCGCGGCACGGCGCCCCCGCCCAAUUGGCACCGGCCGGUCUACGAGCUCAGCCCCGACCCCAACAACACCGGCUUCAUCAAUCAGGACUUCGUGGUGUGGAUGCGCACCGCCGCGCUGCCCACCUUCCGCAAGCUGUACGCGCGCAUCCGCCAGGGCGACUACACCGCCGGGCUGCCCCGGGGCGCCUACCGCGUCAACAUCUCCUACAACUACCCGGUCCGCGCCUUCGACGGCCACAAGCUCAUCAUCUUCAGCAACAUCUCGUGGAUGGGGGGCAAGAAUCCGUUCCUGGGGAUCGCCUACCUGGUGGUCGGCUCGCUCUGCAUCCUCGUGGGCUUUGUCAUGCUGGUCGUCUACAUCCGCUACCAGGAUCAGAACGACGACGACGACGACGAAUGAGGCCCGCUAUCCGAGGCCCCCUUCCCGCCCCUUACCCAACAGCUGCGUUGGGCGCCUCCCUCUCCCCCCUUGUUCAGUUUCAAGCUCACAUGACUUCGACUCCUGCUACGGACCAGGGGCUCAGAGAACAGAAUUGCCCGUUUUCUGCCUGUCUACUGUCCUGACGGGGCGUUUGAACUUGAGCGGAAUGGGCUUGCACGUUCUCUUCCCGCUUCACGUCUGAGUUGACCAGUCAGGGCCUCAAGGUCUGUAGCAUUCCAGAGCCAAAAGGAAGGAAGGGAUUCUUAGUCAACACCUACCAGAGGGAGGAACAGAGAGACCUAGUGAUGUGAAAUGGAUCAUUCGAGAGCAGGGAGCCAGAAUUUGUCCUCUUGUUCUGAUCCAGUGCUUUUGCUAGACAGCAUGAAGUUUUUUUUUUUCUUCUUCUUCUUCUUUUUGUUGUUGUUUUGGUGGGGGGAGAGGGUGAGAAAGGCCUGCAGGUAAUUGGCAGAGGCGGGGAAGUGGGCUAGAUUAGGAGGUACCAGCCCUACAGGGGUUGAUCCAGUAAAGCUUGAGUGAGCGUAAGCAGUCUAACAAACUUAUCUGGAAAUUCUCCCCUAGAAGUUGGGGAUCUUCACCUUGACACAGGCUGAGCCUAAGCAGUCGCCUGAGUUCAAAGUUUCAGGAGUGGUUUGUUUCCAGGAGCAGGGAUCAUCACAGAGUUCAGGUUCUGUCUAGCACUCUGCCUUAAACAUAGCGAGCUCUGUCUGUGGAAUGAAUGACUAUGCUAGGAUUUGCAGUGCUGGAUUCCCGUCCACUCAUUCUAUGUUUGGGCAAACUUUGCCAGAUACUAUGUAAAAAUCUGAAAAUGCUAGGCCAGUUUGCAUAGCUAAGAGGGUAUGUUUUAACCUCAGAAUACAGAAGCUGUGUGUGAACUUGGAGGGAAAGUUGUUAACCUAAAGCCACCUGUGUCUCCUCACCUCCCUCGAUUCUCUUUGGUGUCUGAAAUCUAAGAGAAUUAAUUUAUGUUAUCAGAUCAAACAUUUGUUUCUAGUUUGCAUGUAUGCUGAGGAAUAUAGUCAUCUGUGAACUAGAAUUUUAGGAUUAUUUCGGAUAAUGUUAAAAUCAUUCCGUUGAUUUUACUGAUAGAUGAGAAUCAAUAUAAAGUUAUCCUAAGAAGCAAUGGAAUAUAUUUUUAAAAUAUUCUUUAUGUUACAAUAAUUUAAAAGAAUGUAAACAUAAAAUCCUUAGUGAUAUUCUCCUGUCAGUUGUUUUGAGAGCACUUAUUUGAUGUUUGCCAGAAUUCUCCUGCUAAUUAUUACUGUUACAACUAGCUGCUUGCUAGUUGCUGCUCUUCCUACUUUCUCAUUUCUUAAGGCAGUACAAGGUCUUGAACUAUGUCUUUUUUUUUUUUUUAGUAGUCAAGUAUUGAACAGUUUACAUUGAUUUCGUGAUACCUUCCUCUAGUUCUUUGAUAAAUACUGAUGAUUGGACAGCAUGCAACUCAUUGAUGCCUGUCUUGGAUCUCCUGCAUGAAUAAUAAUUUAAGAGUCUGUUUCA